AUGCAACCAGAAAUUCUUCAGCCUUCAUGGCCAUUCUACAGGGUCAUAAGUUCAGCUAAUCUUGAUCAACUUGGUUUCUGUGGUAUGGAACUGGAUGCCUAUGUUGAUGCCUGUCAAUCCGAUAUUUCCUCUAUGUUUCCUACAAUUUUCCCUGGUGAUGAUAAGUUUGUCCAGUCCCCAGUUUCUUCUGAUGACUUCCAAGUCAAGGCACCAUGUGUGGAAGAUUUGUUGAUGGAGAGCUUUGAGCCUAAUUUCAUCAAUGAAAUGGUGCAAAUAUUCGGUGAGAAUGAAGGAAAUUCUCUUUCACAAGAGCUGUCUAGUGAAGGGGAAGAUGCAUGGAGUCCUAGCCCUUCAAUAAAAUCAAGUGAAACAUCCAUGGACGCGACACCAAUAAUUCCACAGUCGACGCUUGCCUUGCCAGGAGAAGACUCACAGAUUGAAAAUCAAGUGAGUCUGUUUCAUCUACUCAAGGCUUAUGGAGAAGCCAGAGAGAGAGGACAGAGUGAGCUUGCAGAUGUUAUCAUGAGAUGUGUAACUGAGAAAGUUAGUCCUGCUGGUGAAGCCUUGGAGCGUCUCGCCUUUAAUCUAUGCCAAGAUCUUGAGAAGCAAGGGGAUUAUCUAAAACAAGAAUCCUGCAAGAAUUUUGAGGAAGCUUUCAGGGCAUUCUACCAAAUUUUCCCAUAUGGGAGGUUUGCUCACUUUGCUGCUAAUUCAGCAAUCCUUGAAGCUAUUCCAGCUGAUGCAGAGACGAUACACAUAGUGGACUUCGAUCUCGGAGAAGGUAUUCAAUGGCCUCCAAUGAUUGAGGCCUUGGCACACCAGCAAAAGGCAGUAAAAUUGACAGCAAUAAAAUGGAAAAACGAGGACUGCAAUUGGGCUCCGAUGAUUUGGAGUUUCGAUGCAACGAAAAGGCGACUUCUUGAGGAUGCAAGAUACUUUGGUCUAAAGUUAAAGGUAGAGGAGAUGGAGAUUGAGGAUUUGGUGAGUGAGGUAAAGAAAGCAAAUAAAAGAGGUGGUAGAAAAGAGUGGUUAGUUUUCAAUUCUAUGUUGGGACUUCCACACAUGGGCAGAGCAAGGAGUAGAAAACUUGUUGAAGAGUUCCUAAGGGUAGCCAAAGACUUGUUGGCCAAUUCUGGCUACUGCAAAACCAGCAGCAGAGGAAUUAUCACUUUUGGUGAUGGCGAUUCCUGUGAAAAUUUAAAAAAUUGUUCCGGUUUCGGAUCAUGUUUCGAAGGGCAUAUGGUGCAUUAUCAAGCCUUGCUAGAGUCAAUCGAGUCCAAUUUCCCAGUUCAUCUCACAGAAGCAAGAAUGGCAUUGGAGUGCCUCUUUGUGUCACCUUACAUCUCAUCUCAGGAUUGGUUCCACAGAUGGAUGGAGAUAAAGGAAGGUUGCAAUCUUCAGGCUGGAAAUGGGUUAGAAGGAAGGAGGGUGAGCAGAGUGAGUUUGGAGGAAGCUAGAGAAAUGGUGAGUGAAAAGCAGAGUUCUUAUGGAGUAAGCAUUGGAGGACAACAAGAAAAUGAGAUGAUUUUGGAAUGGAAAGCAACUCCAUUAGUGAGAGUUUCUACAUGGAGAAAUUAA